AAGACAUGAAAAACAGCUCAGCAGUAAUGUCCUGAAUGGGGUGGGGGAAAAAGGAUGAGAGACUGUGUGUCAUUCAAUGAGCCCCUCCCACCACCUAUAUAAAUGCUCCCUGUCUGGUGUGUAGGAGCUAUUAGCAGAGUGACACAGCUGCCUUGCAGAACCAGUGGUAAUAUCAAGAAACCUGUGGAAUACUCUUUCGAGGCUGACUUACCAGAAGGACUUUCCUAUUCAACUGAACUGUCAAAGAACAUCAGGAGCCAAAAUGAAAACGAUCUUCCACUCCUUCCUCUAUUGCUGUCUACUGGCAACAGUAGCACACUGUAUGGAACCUAAGGUGAAUCCCGAGUUGAAAAAAAGACUAAGUAUAUGGCUGGGAAGCAGAAUGAGACGGGAUAUUUACAGCACGACGAUACAGAAGACAGCCGAGUCUGAGCCCUUCGUCAGAACAGAGGACAUCAGGGAUAAUUUGCUGCCACAUUCCAGCACUGACAUCAACAUCCGAACCAAGAGGUCCAAAAACUCAGCCAACCAGUCAAAAUGGAAAGGUUGCGCCCUGGGCACCUGCUCGGUCCAUGACCUGGUACACCGCCUGCACCAGCUCAAUAACAAGUCAACCAUCCCCACCGCUCCUGCUCACAAGAUCAGUCCCAGGGGGUACGGCCGGAGGCGGCGAUCUCUUCCACAACGCAGAAUUGCACUGAGGGUGGAGCAGGGCAGGCUGAGGCCCGUAUGGAGCACAAAUAACUCCCAGGUUCACAAGCUUGUGGCUCUCCUCAGAAGGACAUGAGCUGGACUUUGAGAGAGCAGCUGGGAACAAAGUGCGUCUUUUGAGCCAGUGUCCUCUUUGCUCUUUUCUGAAAAUUCUCAAAAUGCCUCAAACCGUUGCCAAAUAUACUCCAGCACAUUUGUUCCAGGCAUGGGGACUGAGUCAGAGCAGGGCUGGCUGCAGCCAAGUUUCUCCAAAGGGGCCUUGCUGCCCAGCGAUAAACAGCGUGCAAGCAACUGCAGCUGGCUUAAAGACACUGGAUGGCACAGUGUGGAGCAAACUACAGGUGCUGCUCUAAGCUCGGCAGAGGUAAAAGAAGAGUGCUAACACCUGGCAAAGUGAACACUUCCUCUGGUUUUAAGAGGGCACUCUCGCCCAAAAAUUCUGGGACUUCGCACGCUUUUUUCCUCAAGGCCAGGACUUUGAUAAGUGCUAUCUUCUAAGGAUUAAACCACCAUGUUCCAUCAAACUGUCAGUAAUUGUCUGCACUUUUCGUUUUGGACUUAGAGUAAAAUGAAUGAUCAGGAAAAAAAAAAAAAAAAAGGCAUCGCAUUGCAUCACAUAAUGCUCUCAGUUUAUAUCAAGUUGUGGACACUGUAUAAGGGAAAUGCCUUAGAUUAUUUGAGAUAUGUGCCAGUCCACGAUGGAUUGAAAUAUACUUGAAAAUGUUAAUGUAUGUAUAAAACCAUGUGCAAUCUAUUUUUUUAAUCGCAGGUAUGUGUAUAUAUGAAUUCCUUUAUUUAAAAUAUUAUAUAGAAGUUACAUUAAAGUACUUAUGCAGAUAGAGCUAUUUUUGUACAGGAAGAAAUAUAUAUAUGGGCAUUGUAGCUGUUGGUCAUUAUUCCUUUGCAAACUGUGGUAAUUGGAUUUGUGUUUUAUAGGUAUAUUAUUAUAUAUUUGUAAAUGUGUUCUAUUUUAUUUGUGUCAAAGCAAUAACAUUGUCAUUCAAUAAACACUUUGCA